GGCUCCCAAUGAAGGGAAGCGAAGCACUGCCGAAAUUUUCUUAGGAACAACAGUCUUCUCCUGCUACCUUUCACCUUCUCUACCCAUCUCUCUUACUACGUUCUCUCUAGUCGUUAGUUGGAUGUGGCCGCAAGCGCAAGUAGAGGUCUAUGAGGCCACCAUCGACAGGAACUGGAAGCCCCCUGAACUCAUAGAAGGGGAUCUGGUGGAGCUGACGAUCCCCGGGCGCAGCGUUCGAUACGUUGACGACCAGUUUGCGUGGAGGUCCAUAGUCUUGUCUGCAGACGUGUGGCUUUGGACGCAUAGAGAGCAACAGCCUGGACAGGGAGUGGGCGUAGUGAGAGCCUACUUGUUCUUGGGACCGAACGCGGUCAGGGAGGCUGUGGUGGGCCUCGCGACGACUGGGACUAGUGGCGCGAUUAGCAGGGCGUUACGCUACCUGAGGGAUGAGGUAGCCGCCUUCCGAGCGGAGGACUCGAGCGACCCGUUGACCCUAUUUCACGGUCGCCCUCCUCUUGAUAUCACGGGCGAGCUGGUGGUAGCACGGGACCGGUUUUUCCCGUACAGCGUUCGGAGUCUGCGGGCGAUAGUUCCGGCGUUCGUAGUAGAGAGCGUCUUUGGAGGAAUUGGUGGAGUGGUCGAGGCAUACCUAGCCUAUCAGGAUCUCAAGAUCUUGGCGAGAAGGCCUGACGACCUCGACUACAUCUAUUAUUCGCUCGCGACCGGUGGGCCUCGUCGGGGAGACGAGAGGGUGCAACUUAUAGAGUUGAUCUGGUUGAUAGACGAUGAGCGGCCCCAGUCUCCGUACGUUUGGGAUUGGCUGGACCGUGAGCUCUGUGCAGGCCCCGAGUACGUGACCUGCAUCGGGCGGCUCUUCUCAGACGACUGGGGGAGCUGGUGGAGUGAGGACGCCGGGCGACCUCUGAUAUACGGCCAUCAGCUGGCAGAGUACUACCAGGCUAUAGGGCAAGCGUCAUACCACGUCGAGGACGAGUUUGACGACGAGGGUUGGGAGCGAGAUGACGACGAGGACGCCUGGGAGCUAGACUGGGUCGACCCAGAGAGUGAGGUUGACGAGGAGGAGAUCGACUUUACGGACACCCAUUUCCCCAGGAUAGGAGUAGCAGUCCGAGCAUAGGAUGCAGAGGAGCGCAUUGGGACGACGGUUGAGUGAGCUUAGCAUCAGAUAUCCACCGAUAGCGGAGAGCGGAUCGA